AUGAUCUAAAAAUCUGAGUACUUAGCUGAUGAGGCAAAAGAAAGGGAAUCAAGAAUCCAAAGUAAGGAUUACUUAUAUAAAAAAAGGAAUGGAAAAAUAAUUAAUUGAAAAUUAAUAUAGUAAACAAACAUAUCCAAAAAAAUAUGAUUAUACUCAUACAAAAAAUAAUUAUGCAGUACCAAUAAAUCAAUUGGAUUAUAAAUCAUUUUAUUAAUCUUAUUUGCCUUUAGAUCAGAGAGAGAUAAGUAAUAAAAAUUAAUAAGUUACUUAAAAUAAAAUUUCUUCAUUUAAAUUAAGUUAUGACAACAAUGAAAAAGAUUUAUCCCCUAAUAAAAAACAAUAAUAAUUAUAAUAUAGGGAUAUUUUAUAAAAAUAAGUUGAAGAAAAGCAAAAUUUAUUGAAAUAGGAAAAAGUUAAGCAUGAAUGCACUGAUCUCUUUACAAAUAAUUAAUAGAGUACACCAGUACAUAAAAUGAAUAGUUUAAGUAAAGCAGAAUAUUAAAAUUAUUUGUAAUUAUAAAUUUAAGAAAAAUAAGGCCAUAAUAAAAUAUUUUUUACUCCUAAUAAAAAUUAAUAGAAAAUUGAAGAGAAUAAAGAUAAAAAUAUUAAGGAAUCAAAAGAAUUUUAAAUAAUUUAAAAGUAAUUAAAAUAAUAUUAGGAAGAAAAAAAUUAAAAGGAUCGCAAAUUCUUAUUACAAUAGAAAUUUGAAGAGUCAACAUCAAUGCAUGAAAAAGAAAAGGAUAAAUCAUUUUCUCCUGAAAAUCAUAAUAAAAAGAAAAACUUAAAAUAAGACGAUGAGGAAGAAAAAGCCAGAAUUCAACAAUAAAAAAGUUUUGUUUCAAAAAUUUUAACAGAAUAGAUGUUGGAAAAAUAAAAAAAAAAAGAUGAAGAGAAAAAGUAAUAAGAGACAGAAGAUAAAUUAGCAGAAGAAAGAUGGAAAAAUGAAAUUUCGAUGAUGAAAGAAGAAAAAAAAAAAGAAGAAGAAUUGAAAAAGGAAUAAUAAGGAAGUAAUUGA